AUGGAGAAAAGCACGUCGCCAUUUGUUAAGAAGCACUUUGUGCUAGUUCAUACUGCAUUCCACGGAGCGUGGUGCUGGUACAAGAUUGUGGCAUUGAUGAGAUCUUCAGGCCAUAAUGUAACAGCUCUUGACUUGGGCGCUUCAGGGAUCAACCCCAAACAGGCCCUUGAAAUCCCAAAUUUUUCUGAUUACUCGAGUCCGCUAAUGGAGUUCAUGGCUUCACUCCCUGCAAAUGAAAAACUAAUUCUCGUAGGUCAUGCCUUAGGUGGACUCGCCAUUUCUAAAGCCAUGGAAACCUUUCCAGAAAAGAUUUCAGUUGCUGUAUUUCUCAGUGGUCUAAUGCCUGGUCCAAAUAUCGAUGCAACCACCGUCUACACUAAGGCAGCUAGUGCAGUGAUAGGUCAACUGGAUAAUUGUGUUACAUACGAAAAUGGACCAACGAAUCCUCCAACCACUCUCAUCGCAGGUCCCAAGUUCUUGGCAACUAAUGUUUAUCAUCUGAGCCCAAUUGAGGAUUUGGCGCUGGCCACUGCACUAGUGAGGCCAUUUUAUUUAUAUCUCGCGGAAGAUAUUUCUAAGGAGAUAGUUCUUUCAAGCAAAAGAUAUGGAUCCGUUAAGCGAGUGUUCAUUGUUGCUACUGAAAGUGAUGCCUUCAAGAAGGAAUUUCUAGAAUUGAUGAUUGAAAAGAAUCCACCUGAUGAAGUGAAAGAGAUCGAGGGGUCUGACCACGUGACCAUGAUGUCUAAGCCCCAACAACUUUUUACUACUCUUCUUAGCAUCGCUAACAAGUAUAAAUAA